AAAGCCAAUUUCAUAGAAACCUUCAGGUGUAAAAUCCAGUGAAAUGGCCUCUAAACUUCUCCUGUAGCUGUUGCAUUGUGGGUGUUUCUCUAAACUUCCUCAGCAUGGUUUUGAGGCUAACAUGGAAAUUUAGAAAAAUAUGAAAAGCUUGAGAAUGGCUGAAAGAGCAGCUGGAGGAGAUGUGGGCUGUGAAGGCAGCAGUGGUGCCAGCGGUGAUGGGGCAGGAGGGCAGGAACCCCAGGCUGGAGGCAUGGCUCCAGGAAGUCCCUCCUCUGGCUCCUCUUCCUCACUGGGUUCCACUGUCUGAGGCGUUCGCUGAGCAGGUUCUCACUGGGGCCAUUUUCUGGAUGUCUUCUUGGAGGGAUGGUGUUUCCUCCUGGAGGGUGGCUUUGACCUUUGACCCUCACCAGUCCUCGGCCUCCCUCACUGAGUUUCGUGUCCAGCCUCAGGACGCUGGACUUCAGGAGGAACCCUCCUGCAUUGUGAGGAGUUUCCUUGUCUUGAUAUCGGUAGCUUGCAUCUCUUCCAGUGUCCAGGAUAUUAUACCAGCUGGGUAAUCUGAUUACUGGUGAGACAGAUGGAUGUGAUUCCUGCCAUUCAGCUGGCCCUCCAGGCCUGUCUCACCCCUGGAGGGAUUUGUCUGUCUGUCAUGUCGCUGCCAUUGAGAGCCUACUUUUGCGGGAUUGUUGGAGAAUGCUGUGUUCAUUCUCCCGGUGCUGGAGUGUGUAUCAGCUGGUUGGUGUGGUGAUGGUAGCACUGCUUUGUUUACAUUGUUUUCUGGUACUUUGUUCUUUCUCCAGCACUUCAAGGUCUUCUCUUUCAUGUCCCUGGCUCUCCCCUGUAGUGGUUCUCCUCUUGGGGCGUGGUACCCAGUCUCGCUGUUCAGGGUGAUGUUGACCUGGCUCCUUGAGCAUAUCUGGUGAGGUAUCAGUCUCCAGCUGUAGCGGGGUAGAUGUGUUUUGAAGCAACCCCCAUCACCCUACAUUCACUGGGUUUCUUGAUAGCAGCACUCCAUCACUGCCAUGUUUACUGAUCUCAUCCUUUGUUCCAGGAGCCACGUUCUCAUCAGGACUACUUCUGACGAAAACCCUCAGGCCGUUAAAUCUGUACGACUCUAUCGGUCUGUGUAUCACUCAUUGUUGAGUUAUAGGCUUUCAGUGCAAAAGACCUUGCCCAAGGGCCCGCCUGGUUUUACUCCUCACCCUGACCCGGAUCUUCUGAAACCAAAGUCCAGGCUGUCACCUGCUGAGCUAUUUGGACUGUCUGUGACAGCCCCGCCUCCACCGGCCGGUCAAUCUGUGGUGUCCCUCUGGCUGGAAGUCAAUGUUCACAACAUCCAGCAGACCGCAAAUCCCCUCAUAGUCACUCACUUUAAUCAAGAACCAUUCAGACCAUGGCUGGGGAGUGAUACAGACCUUCCUGGGGAGUGAUCCAGACCUUCCUGGGGAGUGAUCCAGACCUUCCUGGGGAGUGAUACAGACCUUCCUGGGGGGUGAUACAGACCUUCCUGGGGAGUGAUAAAGACCUUCCUGGGGAGUGAUACAGACCUCCCUGGGGAGUGAUACAGACCUUCCUGGGGGGUGAUACAGACCUUCCUGGGGAGUGAUACAGACCUUCCUGGGGGGUGAUACAGACCUUCCUGGGGAGUGAUAAAGACCUUCCUGGGGAGUGAUACAGACCUUCCUGGGGGGUGAUACAGACCUUCCUGGGGGGUGAUACAGACCUUCCUGGGGAGUGAUACAGACCUUCCUGGGGAGUGAUAAAGACCUUCCUGGGGAGUGAUACAGACCUUCCUGGGGGGUGAUACAGACCUUCCUGGGGGGUGAUACAGACCUUCCUGGGGAGUGAUAAAGACCUUCCUGGGGAGUGAUACAGACCUUCCUGGGGGGUGAUACAGACCUUCCUGGGGAGUGAUACAGACCUUCCUGGGGGGUGAUACAGACCUUCCUGGGGAGUGAUACAGACCUUCCUGGGGAGUGAUACAGACCUUCCUGGGGGGUGAUACAGACCUUCCUGGGGAGUGAUAAAGACCUUCCUGGGGAGUGAUACAGACCUUCCUGGGGGGUGAUACAGACCUUCCUGGGGAGUGAUACAGACCUUCCUGGGGGGUGAUACAGACCUUCCUGGGGAGUGAUACAGACCUUCCUGGGGAGUGAUACAGACCUUCCUGGGGGGUGAUACAGACCUUCCUGUGCUCAUGGUUUUCAUUCCUCCAGGUCUUUGCACACAGAGGUGAACGGGUCUGGACAUGUCGGCCUGCCUCAGUGUUCGAACAGUAUUUGAACGGUGUUUGAGGCUGUCAGCAGGUGGAGGCGCUCUGAUCAGAGCGGCGGACCGAAGCACAGCUUCUCCUUUCUGUCGCAGGUCAUUUGACUAAUUCAAAUGUUCACACCGCUGGUGUGCACUUCAUGAAGAAGACCUUUGUUCAUGAUCAUGAAUUGAGGCUGGAAAGGCAGAUCAGAUGAUCAAAAGGCCUUUAUCUGAUAACAUGUCCUCGCAUCUUUACAAAUUAGUUUUAAUCAUCGCAGAAGUUGUUAAAAGAAUGUGGGAGCAUGUUUAUUUUAUGUUGACAGUUCACAAUCAUUUCUUCAGAUAAUUUCCACCUGAAUGGGUCCCCACAGAUAUCACGCAAACAAGCCUCUGCCUCUGCAGCUCUCAGGUGAGCAGCCCAAAGGAAACCUCAUCUUAGACGACGCAGGGAAACACAGUGGUCUGUCCUCCGGAGAAGACGAUGGACGACCGGGAGCCCUCAAGCGGUUCAGCGCCAUGUGGGCGUCCCUGCGCAGAGGCAAACGAGACGUUCCAGAAGCUGAUCCCUCAAACCUCCCGGGUCCUGCAGACCCCGACAGCACGGCCAGACAGCCGCGCUACGCCAGCGGACAGUACUUCUUCGAGUACCUGGUGGUGGUCAGCCUGAAGAAGACCAGCGACGGAAGCAGCUACGAGCCCCAGAUCACCUACCAGUUUCCCAAGAGAGAUGGGAUGGCCAGAUAUCAGAGGGAGGAAGAGGAGAAGACGCUGAAGGCCAUCACGCUGUUUUGUUUCCCAGAAGGCAUCAACUGGGCUCCGCUAACAGAAUACCACAGUGAGACGUUCUCCUUCGUGCUGACUGAGAUCGACGGCAGCAGGAGGAACGGUUACUGCAGGAGGCUCCUGCCUGGAGGACGAGGAGCCCGGCCUCCGGAGGCGUUCUGCAUCAUCAGCUCUCUGGCCUGCUUCGGCCUCUUCUCAAAGAUCUUUGACGAGGUGGAGAAGCGGCGGCAGAUCUCCAUGGCCAUGAUCUAUCCCUUCAUGCAGAAGCUGAGAGAGGCCACCUUUCCCGCUCCGGGACACACCGUGGAGAUCAAGAGCUUCAUCCCCGAGUCAGGCACUGAGAUCAUCUCCCUGACCCGCCCGCUGGACUCCUGGCUGGAACAUGUGGACUUCGGCACCCUGUUCAGCUGCCUGACGGACCAGGAGGUGCUGCUGGUGUUCGCCGCCGCCGUCCUGGAGAGACGCAUCGUCUUCAUCGCAGACGACCUGGGCACCUUGUCUCAGGUGAUCCACGCCGUGGCCGCCCUGCUGUACCCCUUCACCUGGCAGCACACCUUCAUCUCCAUCGUCCCGGAGAUCCUCAUCGACGUGGUGAUGGCGCCCACGCCCUACCUGCUGGGCGUCCAGAAGCACCUGCUGGACCUGGUGACCGACCAGGGAGACCUGCUGGUGGUCGAUCUGUCUGAAGAUAAGAAGAAGACCUUCAUUGUUUCGAUUGGCGAUGAAGACUCCAUCCUGCCCCCGAAGCUCCAGGCUGAGAUCCUGGAGGCCCUGCGGAACAAACAGGAAGCACCAACGGUGGAGGAGCUGAACCGGGUGGUGUCGGAGGCCUUCCUGCAGUUCUUCGUGAAGACGGUCGGCCAUUACUCCUCCUACGUGAAGCACCGGCACGCCGGAGAGCAGGGCCAGUUCGAGAAGAGGAGGUUCUACAAAGCCAUCGACUCCAGAACCACCCGGCACUUCGUCAAGAGGUUCAUCCAGACGCAGAUGUUCGACCUGUUCAUCCAGGAGGUGGAGCAGCAGCAGCCCGGGCCUCAGCAGGGAGUCUUUCACAGGAAGAUAGUGGAGCACCAGGAGAGGAGGAAGCGGGAGAAGAAACACUAGGCCUCUGUACAUAGGAAGCGGUGUGAAUGUUGCACUGCGGCGGCGGCGGCGGCGGCGUUCGGGUGCCGGCGCGUCGAUUCCAGCCCCUCGGUCCGAGACACUGACUCACUGACACAUUUCAAUAAAGACUAGUUUUUUAAGUCCACGCUCCUCCAGGCUCUUCUUCCUCGCUCGGUGAAGGGAAACACAGCGCCGCUCUCACAGGAAGGCCUCCUGCUGUGAGCCCUCUGGCGCCCCCUGCUGGAGGAGCUGCUCACUGCCUCUCAGCAGAUCUCCUGGGAGGCAGACACGUUCAGCUCAGCAGGUCCGGUCAUCUCUGCUCCGCUGUCGGAGGAGCCAGCCUGAGCAGAGCAGCAGCUGCUGCUGUUUGAAUUGACUUUGUGUCUUUAUUCCAGCAUGGAAACAAUAAAACCACGAAGAUCUGAAGUUCAAGCAGUGAACAGCAUCAUGAAGUCCUGAAGCUGCGUUUGUUCCUUUCUAAAUUUGUGAAACUUGGCAGAACGGGAGAGUUGAGUGAAGAGGAAGUCUCUGGAGACGAAGACUGUCCUCUGAAGACACGAGCUGGACUGACGGACACAUCUGAAGCACGGCUCUUCACUUCAGUCACUUCUCCAUCUCACUCUCCUCGUGUUUCUCUAGAGUCUAGAAGCUGCUGCAGACACCAAAACAAAAUCUGAGUCAGUAUCAGGAUCAACAAAAAAACUAUCAGUAUCAACAAAAUGUCAGUAUCAGGACAGUCUUCUCCAUGAAGUUCCAGCUUAGUGUGGCAACUUUAAUCCUGCAUAACACAUACAGAACAACAUGAGAACAGGAAAAUAACAACAGAACAGCAGGAGAACAACAACAGAACAGUGUCGGAACAACAGGAGAACCUGUGGUUUCAACCAUCAACAGGUUGGAAAGAUGUGGAUGAACUCCUGCUUCAUCAGCUGACCUGAGGCAGGCUGGAUCUGUCAGGCCGGUUCUGCCUGACCCAGUUCUGUCAGACUGGUUCUGUUCAGCCUGGGCUUAUUGCAUUCCUGCCCUCUGCCUGCCCUGAAGCUGAUGAACGAUACAUUUCCACAUGGACCUCUCCAAACAGUAAUGUGGAAAAAAGCAAAAGAAAAAGAAAAAUCCUGGUUAAAAAAAUAAUAAUAAUUCAACAUGUAAAAGAAGCUUUUACUACAACUGAUACACAUUUGUCUGAAAGGUUUGUGAUAUUUAUGACUGAAAACCUGCAAUCAAAUUUGUAAAACGCAUAAAAAAAGAAAAAAAAUCACAUAAGGUUCAAACUGCUUGAACAAUAAAGCAUCUGUUCGAAACAGCUGGAAGACAGUUCAUUUAAAAAAACAAAACAAAACAACCAGCGGCACAGAGGACGAAGAAGGACAGAUAAAA